AUGAAAUCAAAAAAGCGUAGUAGAAAACAAGGCGGUGGAAAUUUUAAAGGGGGAAAACAUCAGCGUAGUAGUAAAAAACAAGAUGGUGGUCUCGUGGGUUGGGCACUGGAUUAUGGUUUAUCGAAAAAGACAAAAUCAAAAAAAAGUCUAAGUCCUUACAAAAGAAAACAACGCGGGGGCGGUCCAGGAAUGGCUAUGGCUGCAGGUUUAGCAAUACCUACUCUUUUGGGUGCUGCAACAAAAAUACUACCGGGUAUUUUUGGUAAAAAAAAAACAACAGGUGACCAAUAA